AGCUGAGGGCUGAUGGGAACGGAUGAGCAAUCGAAGUGUUGGUUCCUCUCUCACCCUUGGAUACCUGGAUCAGUAACCCUAACCCAGAUCUGCUUUCCUGGUGAGGGCGUGCACCCUGUGCUGUUAUUGUCGUCUCUCUAUCAGUGAUGGAAAACACUCGCUGCUUCACAAACCCCUUCUCUGACUACAAAGGUUCCUUGCUCCCGGGCCAGGGCGCGCAGAUCGUCGUGCCCGCCGUCACUGCCACCAUCGAUAAAGUCCUGAAACGGGUUCCGAUCGACAUCAGCGACUGCGAUGGAGGGCUGUAUGAUGGCCCGGCAGGGGUGGCUUAUAUGCUGUACCACGUCAGCGAGUGUCCGCUGUUUUCCGAGCACCGGGACGUGUACCUGAAGACAGCCAAGCAGAUCAUCGACGUCUCGGUCAGAUACGUGGACGCGGAGCCGGACAAAAACAUGCGUGCUGCCUUCCUGCUUGGAGGGGCGGGGGUCUACGCCGUGGCCGCUAUGAUAUACAAAAGCAUGGGCUUGGCUGAUUUCGUCAAGCCGUUGACCAAAUUUCGCAACAUGUGGGAGGUGUGUGCGCCUAUCAGUUUUCUGGAGUGCGGCUCGGAUGAGCUGUUUGUGGGGCGGGCUGGGUACCUGUGUGCCGCUCUAGUCCUCAAACAGAAGCUGGGUAUAGAGGUAAGACCUUAAACCACACAGAAGCACACGCAUUUUCCUGAUAAACAGGGUUACGCUGUAACCUCGCAAGGUCCUAGUAGGGGAGACCGGGGCUUGUUGUCACACUUUUCACACUCUUAUAUAUUUCUUGGAAUCAAUACAUCAUAUAUAAACAACAUGUGUACCAGAUGAAAGACCAAAGACUUAAGUAUGUAUUUCGUAGUGAUGUGACUUUCAUAUCUUGUGUCAGUGCAGAGUUAUAAGCAAUCAAAUAGAGAGUGUGAACAGGUGACAUGUUGCCCCACCAUUGGGUAAGUUGUCACACUACAUGGGGUCAGAUGUCACAGUGGAUUUUGCAACUAAUAAAACAAGGACAAAAUGAUUGUUGUUCUCAUUUUUUUACUUGAAAGUGAACAUCAAAGUCAGGCACAGAAAAUGUUUAUCAUUGAGCUUGAGAAAAAUCGUUGAACAUAGCCAUUAAACAAAAGUUAUCAUAAAUUUUAUGUAACAUGCUCUGGAGUUUGGAGAGCUGUCUGAUAGUGUUUCGACCGGGACGAAUGUUUUGCUGUACCGAGCCAAGGUAUGGUAGUUGACAUUAAAGACCUUUAGCGUACUCCAGAUUGAUUUAUUAGCUAGGGUUACCUGCCUGACUGACCUCAGCAUCACGUCAGGCACUGUAUUGCCAUGUUCUGUUUUUCUAUUGAGAUUCCUGACCAUGUCUUCUCGUUGUAAAAAUAAAGUCAAAAUUUCUGUAUGACAACUGCUGAUAAACAGACUCUCUGUGUUAAAUUUAAUCCCUUUUAAACAUGUAAUAAGUAACCCCAAAAUGACUGAGACAUGUUGAGGCCCAAACUACCAUGUUUGCUCAUUAAAAUUCUAGCUUAAAGUUAGCUUAAAACAGAACAAUGAUUGAGGUAUGACAGGAUACCUUAAUCUCUCAUCUAACAAGUCCACAUGUUUCACUGCUAGGAAUUUUAUCUGGAAGAAGCUUAUUUAAAAUAUAUAAAGUUAUUUUUUUUUACUUUGGGUUGUGUGAAAUGGUUAAUUGGGGCUAAUCUCAGCUCACAAUGUGCUCUUCUCUUUUCAGACAGGACAUGACCCCUGACCAUGUAAAGGAAGAAAACGAGUAUUCCACUUUUUAGUUGCGCCCUCUGGUGGCAAAGAUAAUUGCAAUGUGACAAUUCACCCAUGUGACAACAAGCCCCGGUCUCCCCUACACGUUUAAGAAAAUGCAACAACCAACUGCAACACCUAAUUAUCCAAUAACUGACUAUUUUAAAGAACUGUUAGAAUUUCACAAAUUCUUGAAACCAGGUCCAUAUGGUUGGGUAAAUAAACAAGCAAGAGUAUGUAACUCUUCAGCCACAAAUCUUUAAAAACUUGUACUUUACAUGGAAAGAAACCACAGCACCUUGGUUUUGGUUGUAUGUUUAUAUCUUAUUCCUGCAUUUACAGUGUUCCUGGUCCCUCAGCAGAUAUAUCUGUCUUUUAUUCUGCAGAUUCUGAGUAAGGAUCAAAUCAAAUCAAUUUGUCAGGCCAUCAUUGAGUCAGGAAAACAGUAUGCCAGGAGGAAGAGAAAGCCUUUCCCACUCAUGUACUCCUACUAUGGAACAGAGUAUCUUGGUAAGGACAUGAGGUUUGAGCAAAGUUACUCUUACUGAAAUAGAUCACCCCCCUCCUAAAACCUGAACCUGAAGUUCAGGUUUUAGAGCUCUGUCUCUCUUCAGAGCUGCUUGCUCAAGGGGGUUCUGUUGAUAUCACACAAUGUUUAUUAUCCAAAUUCUCUUAGCUGGUUCUCAACAUAGGUUUGGUGUUAACAUGUGUAAAGCUAUCUUUCCUUUCCUUGAUUGCACCAGAUGACAACAGCUGUCAGGGUUGGAGACCCUCAGUAACUUUCAGAUCAACAUUGAGUUCAUAGUAAGCAUAGCUUUAUUGGCUGCAUUUGCAUGGGUACGUCAAGAACUGUGGAGAUUAUCAGCAGAUAAAUCUAAUUCAAAAAUUUCAUUGGACUUUUCUGGACACAUACAUGGUUCAAAAAAUGCUGCAUGUGUUGAAAUUUGCCUGCCCUGGUCAUUUGGUCUCAGAGGACCGAGGAUGAAGAGGGAAUUCACAGACACUGGACAGAGCUGUGUUUCCCUUGCAUGCGUUCAGCAUUAUUUAGAAAGAAUUGGCAGAGAAUAUUGCAUGUAAUACCACAUUUUUCUACUUUUUUUCAGGUAGCCAGAGGCUUCUUUUCUCUAUAUUUUAGCUGUUGUAAUAUUGACACAGUUCAUGUGUCAUGUGAUUUUAAUCAUAUUCUGAAAAAGUGGUUAUAGGUCUAGAGAGAUAAACAGGGUGGUGGUUAUGCAGCUGCUUGUGUACUUACCAGGGGGUCAGCAAGUAUACCUCACUACAAUACAGUUAGCUUCUUCCCCAAAUUGUCAAGUUUAUAAAGUAGGGUUCAGUUAAAAGAAGAGAAGCAGAGCUUGAAAUAGUCCUGAGUGAGUGUUUUGUGCUCGUACGCUUCAGUAUUUUGUGUCUGGCAUGCUGCUGUCCUGCAUGCCUGGUUUGGAAGGUGCAUGUAUGAUCCCUUCUUCCUCCUGUCAGGUGCAGCUCACGGCCUUUCAUCAGUGCUGCAGAUGCUGCUAAGCUACCAGGACAUGCUCAGUGGAGCAGAGAAAGACCUGGUGUGGCAGAGCGUUGAUUUUCUUAUGAACCAGGAGCAGAACUGUAACUGGCCUGCAGAGCUGGGCGCCAUCAUCGAGCGAGAGAACGAGCUGGUCCACUGGUGUCACGGAGCCCCUGGUACGCCCAUCUCCAUGAACUUAGAAAGUGUUCUCAUGUGAUAUCAUGGUUGCUUUUUCUGUCAUUUACACCUGUCUCUGUUGUUCAGGUGUGGCAUACCUUUUUGCUAAAGCCUACCUUAUCAACAAGAAACCCCAGUACCUUGAUACCUGUAUUCGCAGUGGAGAGCUUGUGUGGCAGAAAGGUCUGCUAAAGAAGGGACCUGGGAUCUGUCAUGGAGUUGCAGGCAGUGCUUACGUCUUCCUCCUGCUUUAUCGGCUAACAGGCAACACGAAAUACAUCUACCGUGCUCAAAGGUAAAAAUAUCCCUCCUUCUAUCUUACAAAGGCAGAAAUCUGGACUUUGAAAAAUACAUAUAUGAUGAGUUUAGACUCAAACAGGAAAACCCACAUGAAACGUAAAUAUCUACUGUUUCAGUAGUCGACUGAUAUCAGUUUUUCAACCACCGAUGCUGAUACCAAAAACAAGGGAGAAAAACCAACAAAAAGAAGUUUCAAAAUUGCUGACCCUGAUUAAAUGUUUUAUUAAAUAAAUGUAGAUGGAAAAAAACUUGGCUCAACAAUACAUAGCCACAAGGUACUUGUGGUACUAGCCACAAGGGCUUGGAAAUUUGUUAAAAAGUAAAAAAUAUUCAAGGUAAAUAUAAAUGUUUUAUCAGACUGUAUUAUUGUAUUAAACACUAGCCAGUGACUCUUCCACAUCUGAUGCCAAAUGUGUUUGUCAUUUGGAAAGAUUAUGGAAUUAUCAACCUUGUUAGGGAUGAUAUAUUCUGUAAUUGGUCAAGUCAUUCAUCGGUCUAUCGCACUAAAAUAUCUGUACAGUUUAUUCUGACUGUAUUUUGGUGAAUUUACUUUUGAUUCUAGACCCUUUCAUUAUGUCAAAAAUUUUAUUUAUUCGUCUGAUUUCAGUCAAGUAGCAUCUUCCAAUGUUAAGAAAUGAAGCCAAUGUGAGAGUGCUAAAAACUGCAGUUCAUUGAGUGCCCACCUGAGGCUGGCUUUAAAAGCCCAAACCUCACAAACACCCAUGACAAGACAAAAAAAAGUGUCCUGACAGCAAAAAAUGACAUGUUUGUAGUCUGGAGCAGAAACAGUUGUGGCCCGGAUAGCAUAUUUUGACAUUUCUUAUUAUUUAAGGUACAUGAACAUAAUACAUGUCUGAGAUAAAAGAAAAAAGAAAACUAUUUUUUAUUACUUGUUUGGAAGAUAUCAAGGACCUUAUCCAAAAAGGGACAAAACUGUUACAACCCAGAGGAAAAGCACAUCAGGCACACAGCACUGUUUGUAUGACAUGUUUUGGAGGAACCAUACUGACAUGCUUCCAUGGGUAGAACAGGCUAUCAUUUGUAUUGUAAUCCAGCAUAACAACCUAGUAGAAACCACAGUAACCAUAGCCCAUUAUUCCAUUUGCUGUAAUUUAUCAGUUUCUACUCAUGCCUCUGCUCUUCUUUCCUCUCCAAAGGUUUGCAGAGUUCCUCUUCACUGAGGAGUUUAAAACAGGUUCCCGUUCAGUGACAAGCGUUUACAGUCUGUUCGAAGGCCUGUCGGGAACUAUUUGUUUCCUUGUCGACCUCCUGCAGCCAGACCAGUCGGAGUUCCCGCUGUUCAGCAUCUUCGUGUGAAUAAACCCAGAGUAACUGCAGUUCACUGGCCUGAACAGAAACCACUCCCUCUCUCCAUGGAGGGAUGGAUGGUAUUUGUUUAGGAUUUAGAGCAUGACACACGAGUAGGAUUGCUGUAGAAUAACGCUCUAUUACAUCUGUACUCAAGUGGAUGUUCAGCUUUCAGGCUUUUUCAGAUUCACUCCACUUACUGUAAAAUCGCCUGUUUCAAUUUACAAUGUAGUCAACAGCUAAAAGCAGAGGUUUGCAAAGCGUGGGGAAAAAUAUGAGAAUCAAAAGUUGUGGUAAUCCUUACAGUCCAAACUCUGUCAAAUGUAAUCACAUAGACACUGUAUUCAUGUUUAUAGAUCUGUUGUGAGUGUCUCUUUCCUAGGGUAUAAUUUUUUGUGAAUAAUGUUAGUAAAUACACAUAGAUAUCACAGUAAAUAGGGUACUCAACACUACUCCAAAACUGGUUUUACAAUGGUCACAACUUUGGGUUUUCUUCUGUUUCAAAGUAAUCAGUUACAGCUCUCUGUAAAUCCCUGGCUUUGUUCUAAAAAGACUUGAUUUAAGGCCUCCAGCUUGUCACAUUUUCAAUCCAGGGGGCGCAGUUCUCUCGAUUUUCUUUAGGGAAAGCCUGUACUUACUGUACUGGUAUCUUUGAAAAGCAUACAGCUUUUUUGUUGAUUGUAACUCAGGUCAGAAAAACACAGACAUGCAACAUAGAAGGCUGAAACUUAAUACCAAUCACAAUAAAGGAAAAACAGAAAAGACGAAAACAGGUGUCAAACAAUGGCAAUCACACUGAAGUAAAAAAAAACAAAGAGGAAAAACAGGUGCCACAUAAUGCCUUUAAAAUUUUUCUAACAACUCACCAGCUCAGCUUCACAUAUCAGACCUUUGAUUUAUGUCUUAGUAUGUUAUUCCUCAAAAUAUUGUUUCUAUUCCCGUAAAUUACAUGUGGAACAGAGGGAUUUUGAUAUCAAAUACACAAAAUGGUUUCUGCUAAUGUCCAACCAACAGAUACUGAAGGAAGUAACAGUAGAUUGUCCUUUUGUGAUUUAUUAUGGACUCACUUGUGUUAACUAAAGUUACACUGUGUGUAGCAUUGUUAAAGAUGUUUUUAUAUUUGGUGUUUCAAACAGUCAGCAACAAGACUCUUAAGUGGUCAAUGUGUUGUGAUUUGUUCAGACUUCAGUGAUUGACUGUCAUAGAAACAAGAGGAUUGUCUUUGCGUAGAUGUCAUGAUGAGGCCUUAGCAACAAACAAAAAAAAAGCAAGCAUUUAAAUUUGAUCGGACUUCUCAGUGGGAAAAAAAAGUAUUGACAACUUUGGAAACUUAAAAUGCUUUGGGCAGCAUUUUUGUCAUGUGGCUGGAGUUGAUACUAAAACUGUGAGUAAUGAAUAGAAAACCAAAGCAGUUUCCCAAUGCUCAUUGUGCCUGUCGUGGACCAUUUACAAGCAGCGUAUGUGUUGCUGUCUUUGUAUUUGCAAUCAGAGCUGUCUACUUGAAAAAUUGUUCUAAAUAAAGUGUCUAGAAAA